GCCUCCCAACCUCCCCCUCGCUCCGUCGCUCGGCAACGCAGCUAACCUCUCCUCGCAUCGCAAACAGAUCGACUCCACAAAGCCAGGCAGGGGCAGACCCGACCCCGGGUCACCCGAAUCGCCGCCGCCGCCGUCGUCGUCGUUGAGAAGAGACUUGCAAAGUGGAGGAGUAGGCCAUGUCCAACGUGCCCACCUCCCUCCGCGACUCCUCCCUCACCGUCUUCCGCCUCGCCAUCUCCAGCUCCGACCCCUGGCCCUUCUCUUCCUGCCUCUAACCACCACCAGCCCCCCUCGGCCGGCCAGCUUCAGCUCCCAGCCUCCCACUCCACCCAAAGUUUCUUCGUUCUAAUCCUCCUUCCUGAUCAAGCAACCAGGCAAGCAAGCUAAGGAACGCCGAGCGAUCGACCAUCAUGCCCGGCAAGCACCACCAGCAGAUGGCGGCAGCGGCGGCGGGGGCGGUGGCGCCCAAGGGGUGCGUGACGGUGCGCGUGGGGCUGGAGGGGGAGGAGCAGCGCCGGUUCGCGGUGCCGCUGGGCCACCUCAAGCACCCGCUCUUCGGCGCGCUGCUGGAGGAGGCCGAGCGCGAGUACGGCUUCCGCCACCAGGGCGCCAUCGCCAUCCCCUGCCGCGUCGACCGCUUCGUCCACGUCGAGCGCCUCAUCGGCCAGGACCUCCACGGCACCUCCCCCUGCGCCCACCACCUCGUCGACCUCGACGGCGGCGCCCUGGCGGCAACAGCCGGCGCCGGCGCCGCGCACCACCACCAUCACCACCACGUCCACCUGCACCUCCCGCGCUUCGUCGGCUGCUUCCGCGCCUGACGACGACGGGCCCGGCCGUCGAGGUGGUUGAUUAGCUUUUAAUUUGGUUUGCUCAUCCUCCCUCCCUCCCUCCCUCUCUCGCGUUGUUUUGCUUUGUGAGGGUUCUCAUCGAUAGUAGAACACGAUUGGUUUGAAGCUUUGUGGCGAGAGACAUGGAUGCAUGGAUGGGAGGACGCGCGAUGCAUCUAGCUAGCUAGUUGUUGACGAUGAUGACGAAAAAUUUGUGAUGAUGGUCGAUCUCAAGUGUAAAGAUCUAUAGAGAGGAUGAUGUUCAUCUUUAGCUUUAGCUUUUCUUUUUCCUUUGCUUAUACGUCAAUAUAUACUUUGCUAAUACAACUAUAUAUAUACUCUGCGAAAGUACUAUUGUAGUUC